CCUGAAUUCAAUGCAACUGUGACAUCAUCACAUUCCAUAAUAAUGUAACUGUGAUGUCACAGUACCAACACUGUUUCAGGAGAACAUUUCAAAUGUCUCAUUUCACACAAACCCUCUCUACAAGCAAGUCACUGUUUGAUCGUGUCUGCUCGUUGUGUUCGAUUGUGUUUGAACUUUUGCUUCUUGCAAACUUUCACUGGAAUCCACUUUGUUGAGAUCAUGAACUCCAACAUGCAGAGAGCUGAGGCUCAAACCGGCGACAGCAUCAACGCUUCCCCUGUGGAAGACGUUUCCAGCCUUUCUGUCCCUGCUGUGGUCACUGUCAGCACUGACCUGGUUGAGGAUCUGCUGGUCCAGCUGCUACUGAAGCUGCACCCUCUGGAAAGAUACAGUAGUGCUCAUCUAGACCAACAACAACUGCUGACACACUGUCUCCACUUGAGUGCAACAACUCUGGAGACCCUGAGGAAAGACCCUGGUGUCUCUGUGGACGAAGACCUCCCUCCUCCUUCCUGUGAGGUUUGGAAAGCUGUCCCGCUUCUCGUCUGCAGCGUCAUGGAGAGGUUUGGGACAACGAACAGGAUAAGGAAGCUAGUGGUGAACAAAGACCCGGCCCUCCUGAGCUUCGUCCCGGACCAAAUCAUUGAGUCUGUCCUUCAAAUCUACAAGGACCAGUCUGAAGAUGUGUGGAUUCCCCCACAGAUACCCUUUGAUGAAGACGGCCUACUGUUCUCCCAGUUUCUUCCUGAGAACAUCAAGGAGGAAAUGUUGGAGCAGUAUGGACCCUGGAUAAGACGCAUGAAGGUCUUCCAGAGAGCGUUCCCAAAAACUUCUGACGAGGAGAUCCUUGAGAACCAGAAACCUCUUAUUGAGCCUGUUCAGUCCAUCCAGGACAUUGAGUCUGGGGAUGAAAAGGACUUUGUGGUUAAUUCUGACAAGGAGGAGAAAACUGCGGAUGAUACUGCAGAACAAAAUCUGCAAACCAACAGAGCUGUGGUGGAGCAAUCCACUAUCAAACAAGUCCUGUUGAAGCUCUUUAAACCCCCAAACUUCUGCACACCGAGGAGCCAGAGGAGCCAGGACUUUGAUGAUGAGAUGGUUGAGCACAUCCACAUGUUGCUCCAAAAGGAGGCUAAGAAGUACGAGAAGAACCGAAUCUUUCUUGAACACCUCAACCGCCUCAAAGACCCGAAAGAAGAGGUCAAAAUUAGCCGGAAACUGCAUCGGCCAAUCAAAGCCAGACUGAGAGAUGUUUUGCCGAACGCCCGCCUGAAGAGAGAUGACCUCAUGGAGGACGCUCAGGCUGCUUUGUCAGCCUGCAGUCUCAUAUCUUCAGAGAUCAUGAACUAUCUCAAGCCAUCUGUGAGUUUUGCGCCGGACACAAAGCCAGGAGACGAGACCCCAUACAGCCUCAACAUUCCCAUCAAGAGGGAAACGACAGAACCAGGCAGAGAGCUGACCCAGCUGGAGCUGCAUGCUCAGGAGCAGCAGGCAGGAACCAGAGAGAAGGUCCAUACAGAGGAAACCAAGAGGAACAGAAUCAUCUCUUGGUUCUGUAAACCUUUCAAGAAAAAUAAAUAGAACAAAGAACAAAGACAAUAAGCCCAAGCAUCAACAGCUGUGGCUCACUGCAAAAUAAAAUUUGGCUUUUGCCAG